UUCGCCAUUUUCGUUUCGGAACGAGAGCAAAAAAAGCCUACCCGUUCGGAAAAACGGGAUCACGGCUUGUGAAAGAAAACGGUGAAAAUUGAUCGAGAUCAGGCGUAAAUAGUGAGCCAGGGUGGUCGUCAGUAGCCGCGUACGGUCGGUGAAGUGUGUUUUUUUUGUUAGUUUCGUUUUCCGUCGAUUUGCGUGUUUUUUUUCGCGUAGUGGUGCAGCAGCAGCAGCAGCACAGUAUCAUUCAUCAUCAUCAUCAUUACGACCACCACCAUCAUCAUCGUCGCAGCAGCAGCAGCAGCAGUAGCAAAAGAAACAACGGCAUCGACACUUAUCGGUAGUCGUGACUUUUCCUGUGAUCCUUACGUGGAUGCAGAAGCGAUCCAGUGAGGCGAUGUGAAAAGAUGCUAUUUCCUUGCAUCCGCCGCGGUGUGGCAGCAGUCACGCAGGAACGGAACAAUUUAUUAGACAUACUCCUGUGCGUCCAUACACAUCGCAACGAAAGAAGCGCGCGUGGUUAAUUCAAAUCCGGCAAUUGUUUAGACCAGGAAGCUAUUGAAUAUAAUCUGUAUACAUUUACACCAGAAAACCGGCCCGAAAUUCUAGUUUUGUUUCUACAUACGUCUCGUCACCAGCAGUAGCAAUGAGUGAUCGAGAUGUUCCAAGCGUUCCAAUAACCACACUUGCUGGUCUUACCAGUCUUUCUGAUCUGCUGAGCGAACUUCCCAUCUCAGAUUCGCUGUCCGUAUCCGCGUCGCUAAACCGUUCGCUUCUGUUCCACCCUCGAGUGGCCGAGGAAGCGAACAAUCUGCUGGCCACAAGGGAUGACGCACUAACCGCACAACUCGUUACCGCUAUCGAACAAACCAAUUCCGAUAGCAUAGAACUGAAGGACCAGUAUCCACAACCUGCUGCACCUGCCAAUGGGGUACCAAUCGACGGGCCAUCGCUGUUGCAGGCGAUUCACUCCAGCAGGCCAAACGUCUUCAAAAGCCCCUACAAUCCGCAAAUCCACCAAAUGUUCAGCAGUGCUGUUGCGUUAGGGGUUGGAAAUCAGCAACAGUUGGUGGCGCAGCAGCAAAAAAUAACUCCAACAUCACAGACACAGUUUUACAAUCUUCCCAACGAAAGCUAUACAAAUCUGGUGCAAUUACAACAAACGUAUACGAAUCAGCAACAAGUACCAAUCGAGCAAUUUCAAUCGGUGUUUCAAAAUCAAAAUGACAUGCAGCAGCUGCAGCAGCAGCAACUUCACCAUACACAGCAGACUAUCCCUAACGUACAGCAACAGCAGCAGCAUCAGUUACUGCCACAGCAAACACAGCUUCUUCAACAGCAGUUUCAAUUUGCCGCCGACCCGAAUCACAUAAUCCCUUCGCCACAAGCCACUAUCAUACGAGGACAGGCGCAAAAUGUUCUAGGCAAUUCCUUUCCCACCCUUUCAUCCCAAACGCCCACAACUGCAGUAAUGAUCGGGCAGCAACCGAUCGGUGCACAACUGCAUCAACAGGUGAUUAAUAUACAAAAUGUUCCAUACUCGUCCAAUUCUGCAGAAAACAGCCAACUGCAGCAGCAGCAACAACAACAACUCUUCCAACAGCAGCAACAGCAACAACAACAACACAAUCAAAAUGUGAUCGUUUCUCAUGCGUCCAAUAUCGUGCAAGAUCAAUCCUUGCCCGCAUUGGAUCCGCAUCAAAGUGUGAUCCAACAGUCCGCAUCCUACACAACUGCAAUCCAUCCGAUUGGUUCAUCAGCGGUGGUUUCAGCGCCUCCCGGUAAUCAGGCGGUGUCACAGGCGACUAUGUUGCAACAAAAUCACUUAAUCCCACAACAACAACAGCACCUAAAUGUGAUAAAUCAAACGAAUAAUAAUGUACACAGUGCCUCAACCCAACAGCACCAAUAUUCGCAACAGCCGCAGCAGCAGCAGCUGACAAAUCACACCCUAUUGCCGCAAGGGCAACAGUUAUCGCAAUCUCAACAGCAGCAGCAUCAGCAAUCUCAUCUAAACAACGGCAGCCCUGCCGUGGCCGUCUCUACUGGAAUGAAUCAUCAGCAAGCCCUCUACCAGCAGCAAUCGAUGCCACAUCAGCAGCAGCAGCAACAGCAGCAAUACACCAAUGCUGCUAACCUUGCGAAGCUUCCAGAAACGGCACCACGGAACAACGAAUAUUUGCAGCAGCAGCAAAGUAAAAACCUGGAUGCCCGAGGUCGACCGUCCCCGGCGCAAGGCAGCACUGCUCCCGAAACGGUUAACACGUCAACAUCACUGAACAUGCAGCAGCAUCACCAGGGCGGAGCCAUGAAAGGUCCACAACAGGCGCAAACGGCCGGUGCGCAUCGAUAUCCUACUCCACUGUUGGGUCCCAACAAACCGAGACCUCCGGGAGCUGGUGGUGGCGGUGCUAGUCAACAAUCGAAUGCUACCACACCUGCCAUACGUCCGAUCGGUGUUAGUGGAGCGUUGAUAAGCAAUGCGUCCACUGUGGCGACGAAUCGUCUCCCCGUACAAUCGCCUGCUGUCCCGGCAUCCCAAUCGAGCAGUAGUACAGCGGCCACAGCCCGGCCAGCUCCUGCGAAACCCCAGAUCGACACAAAGCAUCUGUUGAACCGUCUGAUACCGCUGAGCGAAGUGGACACAUUGAAGCUACCCAAAGUGAUCGUUGGGUCGGAACGGCUUACCGAAAAGCACACCCAAAUGUUGCUUGCAGAAGAAGGUCUAAAGAAGUUUGUAGCCGAAGAACCGAAAAUGGCCGCCAAGAUGGGACUGGAGAAAAAGUCCUUCGAUCAGAUAUUCAGCAAAAUGAAAGAAGAAACACGUGUAACUUGGGCAACCAAACGGAAGGCACAGGAAAAGAUCGAAGAAAACCCGGAGGACUAUCUGAGCAAACCGAAGGUAAGACGGGUGGAAAGGCCGGCGGCACCGGUGGUGAAAAAACUCAGCAAGGAAGAGCUGAUGGCCACCAACACCUACCAACGGUUCGUUUCGUUGAUGAACAAAAUUUUCGAUCAGCUCGACGAAACGGAAACACCUACCAUGGAGGAAGGCGACGAGCAGUAUGAAUGCAUUCCUACGGGUCUGCUCAACAGCAUUAGUGCCGAAGCGGCGAAACUAAAGUUGCGAAAUGCGAUCGAUGCAAUACCCGAAAACAAGCUAACCUUGCUCAUUACGUACGCAAUGCGGUCUAUCCAUUCGGCAAAGAAUCUGAGCGGAUCUGAGCUACAGGACGAUUUGGUUGGGGACGAGUGCAUCGAGAAGAUUUUGAACGCUGUCGAGGCGUCCCUACUCAUUUGCUGUCUGUACACGAGCAAAAACACGAAAUUUCUCCAGGAGGAUAACAUCGACGCCAUCAUCAAGUUUGUGCAAUUUCAGCUACGAGAAACGAUUUUCGCUUCGUACGAUCCCGUUUAUUCGGUGGAAACGAAAAGGAAGGCCGGUGAGGGCAAGAAGAAAAAAGCGGUCACGUACCAGCAGAAAGGAAUAACGAUGCUGUACACGAAAACGGUCGAACUGUCCAAGCAGCUGGUAACGAUGUUUGAGCUGUUUCAUUUUGUCGAUACGAUCGUAAUACACGCGUCAUCGCUCGGCGUGGAACCGUUUUUCGUGGACAAUAUUGAAACACUGCAGUUCGUUUGUCUGGAUCUGGUAACGACGAUCUUUCAGAACGAAAAGUACGCACACCAUCGGAGAAACAUCGUGUCGGACAUACUGACGUCGUUCGAUCGGUUACCGCACUCGAAACGCAACUUGCGACCAUACAAGCUUGUGAACAACGGUGGCAACAUACAAAUGAUGACGGCGCUGGUGCUGCAGCUCAUUCAGUCUUCUGUCAUCUUGCCUGAAACACUCACACCGGAGAGUGCGAACGCCGUUAGUACGAAACAGCGGGCCAAUAAUGCAAACAAUGCGGAUGAUGGGACGGCCGGUGGUAGUGGGAAAAGCACGGAUCUGUUCAUUUUCGGCAAGUACAACACGGCACUGAGCAUUGGUGGUAACUUUCUGACAACCUUUCUGGACAAAUGCAAAAGCCGCUCGAAUGAAACCGAUUUCCGUCCACUGUUCGAAAACUUCAUCCACGAUCUGCUGACGACGGUUAACAAACCGGAAUGGCCGGCCGCCGAACUGCUGCUCAGUCUGCUCGGCACGAUGCUGGUGAAGAAAAUGUCAGAUAAGGGCGUGGAGCAAUCGAUAAGGGUGGUGUCGCUGGAGUAUCUUGGCAUCGUGGCAGCUAGGUUACGGAAGGACACUGUGGAAUCGCGUUGUAAGGUGAAAACAAUGGACACCCUCAUCAAGUAUAUUAAGAUCGAACAGGAGAAGGAAGGCGACGAGCCGCUGAACAACAGUAAGUUCCAGCUGGACGAGGAGGAAGAACGGACGGAAUUUUUGCAGAAGAUUUUGCUCGACUUUCUCGCUGUGAACGCGCACGAAGGCAACGUGGUGUGGAACCAUGCGCGUCACUUUUACAUCACACAGUGGUAUCGGGAUUUGAUGCAGCGCAAGAAAAAGAUUGCCGAGGGCGAGAAAGGGUACGCAUCGCGGAAGAAGGCUGCAGCGAAAAAGAGGAAAAAAUAUCAAAGCGACUCGGACGGAUCGGACGGGGCGGACGAUUCGGACGGCGACGAUGGUAACAUUCGCGAGGGCCAGGUCGAUCAGGAGCUGAACAGUGAAAUCUUCCGAAUGCUGGACACGCGGAAGCAAUACUAUCUGAGUCAGGUGACACCGUUCGGGCGGAACGCAAGUGGUCGAUCCGGCGGUGGCGGUCCGGUCGGUGGAAAUUACGAGAUUAAAACCUAUAUCGACUACAGCAAUGCGAACCUGAUUGCGCAGUAUUUGGCAAGCAAACGGUCUUUCUCGCAAAGCUACGAUAAGUAUUUGCAAAAGAUCAUUCUUGUCGUGCGAGAACCGGUGGUCGCGAUACGGACACGAGCAAUGAAAUGUCUCGCCAACAUUGUGGAGGUGGAUCAGCUCGUUCUCGCUCGAAAGGAUAUGCAGAUGGGUGUGCAGCAAAAGCUGCUCGAUACGGCUAUUUCGGUGCGCGAAGCGGCUGUGGAUCUGGUCGGAAAGUACAUCCUUUCCGAUCACGAACUUAUUGAUCAGUAUUACGAAAUGAUUUCGCAACGAAUACUGGAUACGGGCGUUUCGGUACGGAAACGGGUAAUCAAAAUCCUUCGAGACAUUUGCAUAGAGUAUCCGGCGCACGAUAAAAUACCAGACAUUUGCGUUAAAAUGAUCCGACGAGUGAACGACGAGGAAGGGAUCCAGAAGUUAGUCAUGGACGUGUUCAUGACGAUGUGGUUUACGCCGUGCAAUGACAAUGAUAAGGCUGCGAUGGAUAGAAAAAUUACUCAGAUUAUAGAUGUCGUCUGUUCGUCGCACGAAACGGGGACUCAAGGUUUUGACGCCUUACUUAAAACGAUAUUUGAACCAAAAGAGAGUAAAGAUGAUUCGAAACUUAAGAAAGAGAUUCCUAAAACCUUGAUCAAAGCCUGUCAGCAGAUUGUAGAUGGUUUAGUGGAGGCAACGAUGCGACUGGAAGGAGCAGAGAAUACGCGGCUGGUAGGAUGCAUCACAGCGUUGCAUCUAUUCGCGAAAAUUCAGCCCCAGCUGCUAGUAAAUCAUGCAAUCUCGUUGGAACCGUAUCUGAAUAUGCGUUGCCAGAACCAGAUUAUCUCGAAAUUUAUCAGCUCGAUAGCAGAAAUUCUUGAGCAGGUCGUUCCGCUGAUGGAUCAUCCGAGUGAGGUAUUUCUAGCCGACCUUGAGUCACAUCUGAUGAUGUUAAUCGUCACCCAAAGCCGUACUAUCGUGUUGAGUUGUGUUUCUUGCUUGUCUACGGUUGUAAACAAAAUCACAAAGAACUACAAACUGAUUCGGGAUUGCUUUUCCAAACUGUACUAUAAAGGUCUAGUAUCCAUCAAAGACAAGCUUGCAACGGAUUCAUCGAUUCCCAUCGAACAGUACUUCCGGCCACAGUUCCGACGCAGCAUAUUUACGGUAGGUUUGAUUAUGCGAUACUUUGACUUCCGGCUGCCAGAAGUCUACGGUGCGCCUAAAAGCGGUGAAGAUUCCUCCAGUCAAGGCUCAACCCUACCAGCCAACAUAUGUGAGGACGUGUUCGCAACACUGGCAUUUUUCCUUUCCUGCGACCAUAGUGAAAUAUGCAAGGAAGCCCUAACCUCGAUGGGUAACUUUUGUGUAAAAAACUACGAAUAUCUGAUGAAAGUGGAGCUGCGAGAUUAUUACAAUUAUCUCCUCACGCAAGAUAAAGUACUGACGGACAUGAAAAUAACGGUGCUGAAAAAUAUUCUCAUGUAUCUUACGGAGGCGGAAAAUCAAAUGGUGCGGAACGAUAAGGAAUGGUCGAAACAAUCGAAAACGGAAGAUCUGAAGGAAAUGGGUGACGUGUCGUCUGGCAUGGCGAGUCGUGUGAUACAGAUUUACCUGAAGGAGAUACUGCGCAGCUUUCUGCACCGGGACUACGGUGUGCGGAGUUGGGCGAUGCGGGUCGUCGAGAUAGUCCUGCGGCAAGGGUUGGUCCAUCCAGUACAAAUAGUUCCUUACCUUAUAUGCUUAAGUACAGAUCCGGAAAAAGAGGUGGCACACAGUGCAGACAGACAUUUGCAGGAGAUCGAUAAGCAGUAUCCAGGCUUUGUAAAUAUGAAAUCUAACGCCGGUAUGCAAUUGUCGUACGAGCUGCAGGAAUUGUUGCAGCGGCGGGACGAGAGCAGCAUUGUGCGGGGCUACCGGGUCAGGGACCCGCAAGAGCCUCCUUCGGCCAUGAACGGGUUCCUGUACGCACAGCUACGAGGUACGAAACCGCAGCGGCGUGGAUUGAUACAAUCGAUCACGAAGCAAUUCGAUGAAGGCAAAAUCAGUCUACGGCAAAUGUUGUAUCUGGCGGAUAAUCUUGCCUACUUCCCGUACGCCGUACAAGAGGAGCCUUUGUUCAUUAUCCAUCACAUUGAUGUGCUUAUCUCUGUGACGGGCACGAAUUUGCUAGCGACGUUCCGUGAAGGAUUGAAGCCACUGCCAGGAACCGAAGCAAAUACGGAACCGAAUGCACAAAAUCCCCUCGAAGACGAUGAUGAUGAUGACCAAGAAGCAAUAUUGAAUCGACUUCCAGAAGAUACUUCCGAUUUGGAAAGUUGUAUACGGUCAGCUCAAGGUUGCAUGCUGCUCUUAAUACUCAAACAACAUCUAAAGGAUAUUUACGGUAUCACAGAUAGCAAAAUAUCGCGGUACUCUCCAUCGGAAUCUGGCAAAAUCUACGACAAAGCCAUUCAACGAAGAUCCAACUCAUUGUUCGAUCCCAAGUCAACAAUUACGUUACUAAAGGAAAACCGCAGCACUGCUGGUGCCAAGACCGAACAGGAACGAAUCGAACUGGUGCAACGAUACUUAGACUUCAAACAGCUGAUGCUGAGGCUAGAUCCGGACGAUCCGGACUUGCUGGAUGAGGAUGAAAAACCAAACUCGGUCGCCGGAACACCGGUGAAACAAGCCCCGGUUGCUGCAUCGGCAUCCACCCCUCAUAAUCACACAACAGACGGAACAAGCAAUAACGUACACGUGAAUAACGUGAACAGCACUGCCGGCGGCCCUAUGCCGGUUUCGCAACAGAAUGAUUAUAGCAAUCGAUCGUCUUACCACGGCGUCGUCAGUAAUGUGCCGAAGACACCGAAAACGCCAUCAAAUCGGCAGCUGGCGUCGGCGGCAACACGCAAAUCAACUGUCGGUGCGCGCAGUGCUAAGAAGAAGAAACGAAAAGCGUCCAGUUCCGAGGAGGAGGAAAGUGAUGCCAGCGACGAUGAUUACGAUUAAGAGCGUAACUCAUCUCACCUACCUUUCCUACCUAUACCUACAACAGCCAAACAACUAACAAUGGACCACUGUGGAUCCCCCCCCUCUCUGUGUGUUACCACUCGUUCGGAUUACAAUCCAUACAAGUACCUCAUGUAUGCAUCCUUUUGAGAGAUUCACUCCGCGGUCCUGUUACCGGAAGGAAUUAUAUUCUAUCUUUUAUAGCUCGUAAUAGCAUGCUUUGUAAUAGUUAUAGUCCACUCCUUCUUGCUGCCCAGCUUUACUUCUUGCCCCAAUGGGUUGUGGAGGUAAAACUGGCACUAUUCUUAUUGUUUGUUUAAUUCAUUUUAAUUUAUUGAUAUGAUUCUUUGUGUUUGUACCCAUUAGCUGUGCUAAACUGCUUAUCCCAGCUCAGUAAUCGCGCAUUCCUAUAUCAUUACAAAAGCUAUGUAUUGACGAAAGGCAGUUGCUGUUCAAUACGAAUAGAAAACGCAGCAUAACCGAUUGCAUUUCAAUUGUUGCUUUAUCAGUUUUGUUUUUUCUCUUUCUGCAAACCCCUAUUUUCCUCGAGGUUGUGUCGCGAGAGCAACAUAAAUAUCAAAACCACUAAAAUCCAUGAGAUACAUAGGGAAUUAAAAGCAGCGAUUAAUAAAUUGAACGGUUGUUCUGCAGUUGUUGAAGAGAAUGGAGAUAAAUGAAUGUUGAAAAGAAUUUAAUUGAAACGAAAUCUUAGGAUCGGGAAGGCAAAAACCGCAACACAGAAGAACCCAUUUACUUAAUUUAUCAUCAUACACAACACGUGAAACUUUGCUCUGCUGUGAACCAAUGGGGACAAAAAGUGUAGCAGUCUAAAGAGAAACAAACACGGAAUAUUAUUACCGAAUGACCGCCCCAGCAUACAAAAGAAAUCAAGCCUUUCCAUUUGGGGAAGGCACAAUUACAAUAGAAGAGUAAUUUUUUAAAAAAAAGUUUAUCGAAAUAUUUAUGAGCUGUUUGGAAGAUUUGCUAGAAAACGAAACAAAAACACAAAAUGCGAUAUGUUAGAAGCGGUUGGGAUUAGGCUUUUUUCCUCGAGAGAACGAAUAAUUUGGAACGUCCGGGUAAUGGGUUCCAGUGCAUACAAACUAAACACGGAGAAUAUAGAAGAUAUUAAUUUAUGGUAUAUGGUAUUAUGGUAUGGUAACGGCGCCGGUCAUCCAAUCCCAUUCGGACCGUACCCCCGUACGCAGGACUAGCUAUCCAGCUAUGGGCAGAAAUGGCAGGCCAAGACCUCGCCUGAGGUUGUAGUGGCACAUAAGAAGAAGAAUUUAUACUGCAAUGAAAUGAAUGUGAGCAAGCGAAUGCGUGAACAAUUUAGAAGAUUAAAAAUGAAAACCGGAAAGACUUUAGGGUGGGUCAGAGGGGUUGCACUUAAGUGUUUUGUACUAGACGUGCGAGUACGGAAGAAGGUUGACGAGUGCGUUGGCGAAGCCGAUGCUGGAAUAUGCGGUGGAGUUUGCAAACGAUGUUUUGUAACAUAUAUUUAAAUCCAGCUCGUAUUCGCGUCUAUUACUGAAUGAACUUCUUAGUUUCGAAGUUUAUGAUAGUAUCAAUGAUUAAGCACACAAGCACACAGCCGGCGAACACAUGCUCCGAGGACAGUAAAACGAUGCUGUUCUCUUGAAGAGAAUACUACUAAUGUAAGUGGAUGGGUUAAUACCGACCGACAAUUAUAUAUAUAUCUGGCGAUAUGGAGAUCGGUCUUUUAGUGCACGAUUUAACAACAACGCCCGUUCCGGGAUAAAAUCUCGACUGGACCGUGUCCUCCAUACGCACGACAGGAUUGGCUAGCCAGCGUUGGGUAAAUCAAGUCACAGAUGAUGUCCAUAGGUGUGUAGUCACAGUAGCCACUGUAAAUAGUAAACUCGUACGAUUGUUUUGUCUUCUAUCUUCUGCUAGAGAUGACGUUAAGUAAAUAAUACCGGAACGGACUGAAAAGUAAAUGCAAAUGUUUCGAUGGCAUAUGGCGAAAGUGUGCAGCUAUAGCAGAGGGAGAGGAAGAUGAACGAGGGCGGUAUGGCAUCUUCCGAAACUUUGCAUUCGUGUACGUGUAAUAAUUUUAAACAAAUAUUUAAUGCAACACAUAGAAUGGUGGUAGAAUUAGUAGCAUUUAAAAUCUUAAAGAGAGCGCACUAAUGAAUACGCGCGCAUGUUAGGGAAGAAUGAAAGCGCGGACGAAAAUUAUUCAUCUAUGUAGUAAAAAAGGAACAAACUACAUGCAAACGGGGAGUAUUACCGCUUCGAUUCGGCAAAAAAAAACAGAAACGGAUUGGAAUGCAAAUAGUUUUACAGCAUGCGUGUGUUUGUGUGUGUAUGUGUGCGCGUGUGUGUAUACGUAUGAUUUGGGCGCAUUUAUUGAUUAAGUAGGAUGAGAGAUUCCAUCGAAAAAGUGCGCGUUCCUUGUGUGAUUGAUCGAUGUGGUGUAGCAGCGUGUACGUAGCGCAGGUUUGUUUCGUGUAAAUAUUUGAACAAAAGCUGGAAUGGAGCUAAGACGAAAUUGUAAAAGAGUAAUGAAAUCAGAUGGAGUUAAAUUAGAAGACGAUUUAAAAACACAAAUCCACGAAAACAUCGAGAAAGCAAAUAUAUUUUCUCGGGAGAAAAGUA